GACCGUGGGGCGGACGGGUGGACGGUACUCGGAGGAGGGGUGCCGCUCGCUGAACGCCUGUGUCAGCUCCAACAGUUUGCUAUCACCCGUGUAAGUGUGAAAUACCUGUGGGCCUGAUGUAGCAGGUUGUCAUCUCCUCUGCAAUGAAGGAAAUCCACUCCAGCGUCGUGAUUAUGGACUGAAGGUAAUCCACAAGAGUGAGUCACGCUAGGCUGACAGUUGGGCUGAUGACCAGCAUGGCUACUUGUUCCUGAAUCAAAGAUGCAUGCUCCCUUUUUGGAUUCAUCCCUCUGACCGCCACUGAGCCGAUUCAUCCCUCCAUCAGACAGUCCCAUCUCCACUUCCACUGUACUCUACUGUUCUCUAGUCUUCCCUCCUUCAGUCAUUGUCCUGCUCUGACCCUCUGCAUGUCUUACAGAUUGAGAGGGAAGUAUUAGCUGACUGUUUGAUAGGACAAUUCCUCCCCACUAUUCAUGAGAAGUCAGGAGAGCCACAUGCAGCAGGGGGAUGACAGUCAAAGGGAGUCGGAGGGGGUGGGCCCCAUUUCAGGUCAUGGAGCUAGAAGAAGCGCAGGGGGCCCAGGGCUGAAGAGGGCCUCAUCCCAGUCAGAACACCCCUCGUUAAGUAAGAUGAGCCAAAACGCCAGGGAGAGCAUGGGGGUUCUUGGCCAGGGACUGAAACAGCUGUUCCAGCAGCAGCGUAAACGCCUCUCCCUCUCGCGCUCCACCAUCCCCUCCUCAUCUUCCUCUUCGUCUUCCUCUGUAGUGUCAGCAGGUGGCACCUCCCCCUCCGCCCCUGAGGAUGCCUCGGGGCCCUGCUGUCCUGAAUCUGACCACCUCUCUGCUCCUGUGGUUCCCUCUGCAGCUGGCCAGGGCUCAGCCGCUGCGUGCAUGAUGAGGCGCGGGACGAGCCUGCAGAGCCGCCGCAGUAAAGGCUCGGGAUCUCACAGCGGAGACCGCGAUCCUCUCCUGAGAGGUAGCCCCCAGGCCCCGCACCGCCGCAACACCCACGAUCCACAGCAGCACACCAGCCGUCCACGCUCAUCCUCCACCACCGACACCACGCCCAGCAGCCCCACACCUGGAUACACUGGAGGCGAUGUGGUGCUGUCGUCAGGGUACCAGUCCACGGAGGAGACGGACAGGAUCGACCGGCUGGAGGUGAGCGGGCUGGGCCAGACACCCCUAGCUGUUUCAUGUGGGGCGGACGGUUCAUUCCAGGGAGGUGAGGAUGGCACCCCGGACCCUCAGCGCACAAAGCAGGCAAUCGCCCAGCUGCAGCAGAAAAUCCUCAAGCUCACAGAGCAGAUUAAGAUCGAGCAGACAGCCAGGGAUGACAACGUUGCAGAGUACCUCAAACUGGCCAACAAUGCUGACAAACAGCAAAGCACACGCAUCAAACAGGUUUUUGAAAAGAAGAACCAGAAGUCGGCGCAGACCAUCCAGCAGCUGCAAAGGAAGCUGGAGCACUACCACCGGAAGCUGCGGGAAGUGGAGCACAACGGUAUCCCACGCCAGCCCAAGGAUGUUCUGCGGGACAUGCAGCAGGGCCUGAAGGAUGUCGGAGCCAAAGUCACAGGCUUCAGUGAAGGCGUGGUGGACAGCGUAAAGGGAGGCCUCUCCAGUUUCUCUCAGGCCACCCACUCCGCCGCCGGGGCCGUCGUCUCCAAACCACGGGAAAUUGCGUCGCUGAUUCGCCACAAAUUCGGCAGCGCUGACAACAUUCCCUCACUUAAAGACUCUCUGGACGACCCCUCGGUGGAAGAAGGUGUGACGGGUGCUGGCGGACGUUCACUUGGCAGCGCUGGGCAUCACCUCCAGCCCAGUCCUAAGUAUGGUAGUGAGGAUGACUGCUCCAGUGCGACGUCAGGUUCAGCCGGGGCCAACAGCACCACAGGGGCCCCCGGAGGCCCACCAAGUUCAAAGGGCAACACACUGGAGAGGAGCCAGAGCUCCAGCCUGGACAUGCUGCUGCAGGAGGUGCAGGAGCUCAGGGAGGGCCAGGCGAGGCUAGAAGAUAGCCUUGAUGGUUUGAAGAGCCACUAUCAGAGAGACUACUCAGUUGUUAUGCAAGCGCUGCAAGAGGAACGCUUCAGGUGUGAACGUCUGGAAGAGCAGCUGAACGACCUGACAGAACUCCAUCAGAACGAGAUCCUCAACCUCAAACAGGAGCUGGCCAGCAUGGAGGAGAAGAUCGCCUACCAGUCGUACGAGAGAGCCAGAGACAUACAGGAGGCAUUGGAGGCGUGUCAGACCAGGAUCUCUAAGAUGGAGCUCCAGCAGCAGCAACAGCAGGUCGUGCAGUUGGAGGGGCUGGAAAACGCCACAGCCCGGACCCUCCUGGGAAAACUUAUCAAUGUGCUGCUGGCCCUUAUGGCCGUCCUUCUGGUCUUUGUCUCAACUGUGGCCAACUGUGUAGUCCCGCUGAUGAAGACGCGGUCGCGCUCGCUCUCCACCCUCCUCCUCAUCCUCCUGCUGGCCUUUUUGUGGAGAAACUGGGACGCUCUGUCGGGGUACACGCACCGCGCACUGCAGCCGCCGGGAUGACCAGAUGGAGGGCCGGCAGCACGUGUUGCUUUGAUGACGCCAGGUGAUGUAACUUUAGCUGCGAUCAUGCAGGAAGCUUGAAGAACGUGAUUGCCGUUAGAAUGGCUGCGCGGCCGGGCACUGAAAAAUCGGCCGAGCACGUUCAGAACACGGAAUCAAGAAAGAGCGGAAGAAGAAGAAGAGUGAAGUCGAGAACGCUCACGAUUGUCAUUUAGGAAGGACGAGACUGUUUACAUUUUUGAACAUGAACUGUUGUGUUGCUGCUCCUCACUCUGCAGCAUUGUACUGUUUUUAUCUUUAGAGUUUAAUCAAUUAUAAUGUUAUUAUUUCUAAUAAUAUUAUUUUUAUUUUCAAUGUUAUUUUAUUCAGUACCAUGUAGCAUUACGCUCCUCCCACUCUACAUGACGGGGAGCUUAGUCAGGAAACUGGGCUGGCGAUUUGCUCCAAAGGCCCAGUCCAACUGUAGAGACAUGCAAAUGUGGUUAUGUGGUUGAUUGCCUUUAGGAAGAGAACUCUCACCUAGACGUGAUUGGUAGAUUUGAACUAUGGCUGAAAACCUUCCCAGGAGUUGCUCCUUUUCUUGCUGUGAUGAAAUUGUGUUCAUACAGAACAUUGUGAAGGACUGAACGUGACCUUUGAGCGUCACAAUGACUAGAAACUUUUUGUGCUUCCUUACAUUUCUAAUAGCAAAGAUCACGUGCUUUUACUUAUCUCCUUUUUUAAAAUAAAACAGGAAAACUGUGUUUGACAGGGGAGAUUAAAACUAAAACAAGACAGAAUGGACCAGCUUUAGAAGGAACAUUUACAAUGGGCUGCUCACCAUGGAAACAGCACAUAAACACUUAAAGAACAUCUGGUUAUUGUUAAGCAUCUGCCAUACUUGCAACAUGUAAACAAUGCCGCAUGUUUUCAUUUAGAAAAAUUACAUGAGAACUACUUUUGUGUUUAAAAGCAAUGACAAAAGACCACUGUCCAAGUAAAACCAAUUUGCCAGGACAACUGCCUCCCCCCCGCCAUAUUUGAUGUGAUCAGAUCAGGAAAGGGAGACCACUGGUGCUUAUCCAGCUCCAUCUCAGUUGGAACAGGAAUGUUGCUGCUUUAUAUCCACAGUGAAAGUCGUCUCCACUGCCAUGCCAGUCACAUGCACACUGAUUCUGUACUCUUCAUCAUACUUUCUCCCUGCGUAUUAUUUCUUUGGCCAUCCUUUUUCUACAAGUGCACCGUCUUAUGGUGUAAUCACCCAGUGCCAAACCUUAGUCUACCCAGGGGAUGCAUAAGCACCCAAAGGGUCCAAGCUGAGAAGAGAGAAAGUGGAAGUUGCUCAGCAGGUUGUUGCUUUUAGUCUGACAUGUCACGAAUGUCUUGCCUGGAUGUCAAGGAUGUAUCUUUUCUUGCAAGGGAAGAGUCGCUUUAGAGAAUUCACAAUCUGAACAUGAACUUGACUCCUUGAGCUUCAGUUGUGUGUUGCGGCACCUUGCCUCCUCGCGUCCAGUCUCUCUUCUACUCUCUCUUUUUUUUCUCACCGAGUCAAGGACACAACAAGAUGACCUAGCACAUUAAAUAGUUCAUUUUGCAUUUCAUGCUGAGAAGCUGAUUUCCUAACAGAUAGCGAGAUCAUUCGAACUGUACAGCUGCACUUUAGCACGCGGCCAGAUAACAUGCGGGCUGGGGCUUGAGAAACCUUUGAUAGAGACUUCAAAGGUUGUCACUCUUAAGACAGCUGGCCUCGGCGGGAUAAGAAGAGUUGACUCAGGUCAGGAUCACUGUCAUCCUUGUCUCAAGAUAAAACCCCACAGAGAGGAUUUUUAGUCUGUUUCUUGUCAAAAUGUCGAUAAACUUGAUUCCUCACAAGUCGAACACGCAAUUAAAACAGUGGAUUUAUUGAUCGGAUUAAAUUUUGGCAUCUUGUUUGUGGCAGACAAGUUGAGAGUGAGCUGACCUUUGACCUCAGCUUGACCAUGCAGUAACACCUGUGAUGUAGGGUUGCGUUGCUAAACCACUCCAGUGCCUUCUGAUGUCCUUUUUCUAAGUGUGGAAUAAAUAAAGUGCAUUCCUGACUAACU